AUGUCACGACCACCUCCCUUCGGAGGAUCUCCACGGCCUCGAAGUCGUGACCAAAGCGUGACAUCUCGUCGCAGCUGGGAGGGCAGCAGCCUAUUCGGCACUCCAGAGCCGACCGCUCCUGGACAACGAACCCCGCUCCUCAGAACAACGGGCAUCAUCAGUCCGCCUGCGUCACCCGCAUCGACCAUCAACAGCUACGGCCACAUUCUGAAGAAUGGCUCUGACACUUCUUCAAUUCUCUCGAGCGACUCAACAGUCUGCCCGUCAUUUCGUCCAUCUCCUCGUCCAUCUCCUCGUCCAUCUCCUCGCACGUGGUCGCAACGCCAGGAUGUCAGCGAAGACGAAGGCUUCGAAGAAUGGCAAGAUGAUAGCGACGAGGAGUAUGAGAGUGAUUGUUUGUAUUCCCAGGCGCAGGAGACAUUCCCGAAGCUUCCAGCAUUCGACCCACGGCUGUCACAGCUCAAACAACAAGCAUCUCAGCUGACAAGGGACUUGGCGCUACUGCUGGAUCCACGAAAAUAUGGCAGUAACGAUGUAAGCAACAUGGUCAUGAAAGCCACAGAGCUUAUGCAAAUUCCUGCGGCAAAAAAGCCACGAAUUAUGAUGCUUGGGGUGACAGGGUCUGGCAAGAGCUCCACAACCAACUCUUUCGUCGACGAUCUUCACGCCAGUAGGGCAGCAUCUACAGGCAAGAGUUGCACAUGCGUACCCACACUCAUUACUUCAAGGCUACCCGACCAGUCUUUGCCGUAUGCCGCCGAGAUCCGGUUCUUCGAUCCGGAACAACAGAGGGGUUUCUUCCAACAGCUGAUCGAAAACUACAUCAGGUUCAACUUCAAGUACGAUCCAGAAUGGGACGAGGACUUGCAGCUGGAAUACUCUGCUCUGUCUGCAUCGGCAGUGAAGAUCUUUCAAGCGCUAUUCUGCAAUGAGCAAAAUUUCGAUUCACCUGGUGCUCUCAAAGUCUUCCUCGACCAGCACCAUCGCGAGAACAACGUUCCAUCUGUUCUUGACUGGUUGCUGUCACGUACAGCCGAUCUGCUCGAUUCUCGUUGUGUCAUGAAAAAUGGUCACUUCACCAUCUUCCACGAAGCAAGCACAGGCGAAGGACUCAACGAAGAGAUUGAUCCGCACAUCUUUGAGACAUCAGAAGAUCUUCAUGAGCCUGCUUUGUGGCCACUGGUCAGAGACGUGACGAAAGGUCUCAUGGGAAACGCAAUCCUGGAAUAUGUGGAGUUUUUGGAUCUUCCCGGUACUUCGGACAUCGACUUGAUUCGCAGCAGUAUCGCGACAGAGUUCCUCAAGUCCUGCGAUGCCCUCUGGAUCGUGACUACACUGGAUCGCAGUAUAUCGAAGAAUGACCUGGACCAAAUGCUCAAGGCACAUAGCGAGCGCUUUGGUCACAGCAUAGCAGUCAUUGUGACUUGCUCAGAUGCCAACGUGAACGAUGCGCUCGCCGUGGGCAUGCAUCGGGAGAAUCAGUCCAUCAGUCAGUAUAGAGAACUUGGCAGGGAAAUCUCGGCUAUCAAACAGGAGCUGGACGCUGUCAAAUCGGAUCGGAGGAACACGGUGAAGCGUAGACGUGUUACGAGACUGAGUCCCGAGGUGGAAGUAUAUCGAGCCCGCGAGCGCAAGUUGACCACUAAGUUGGAGAAGCUCAAGGACGAACAGUUCGAGUCGCUGGUCCACGUCCGGAACUCUUUCGUGGAGCGCCAGCUGAAAGCAACGAAGUCGCAGUAUCUCGUGAAAGGAGUGGAGCUCAAGGUAUUCUGCAUCUCGAACACGCAAUACCAGGCCUGGCAAGGCGUGGAAUCGGGAGACUGUCGUCGCAUGAGCGUCGAGUGUACAGGUAUCCCAAGGCUCCGCGCCUAUGCGCUUGCACUCGCAGCACCUGCAGAACUCCGCACUGCUGCUGACUAUAUCACAAAAGCCACAGUACUUCUCAAAGGCUUGUCCUUGUGGGUAGACACCGAUCCUGCGCAACGACAUGCGGGACUCAUGGGGGUGAUCAAGAAGCCGUCCAGCAUACUCGAUACCGAAGCUAGACACUUCAUGGGACAACACACUACAUCACAGCAGAAUGGCGAACCAGGCUCUAUGUUCACCGCAAUUCUCAACCCUCUGUACAUCCACAGGCGCACCCACAUCAAAGCUGCAUUGGAAGUGGAGCGAGAACUAGAGACCUGGUUUUUUCAGAGUCUCAAAGCAUUCAUGGCUAGGGAUGGCAAGCAUGAAACAGACAGACAUGCCGCCCAAGUCUGGAACGAGCGGUUCGCAGAGCAGCAGACAACAGCAAUCGAGAGAGGCUGGGAGAUCAUGCUUCCCUACUACAAGAAGAAGCUGAAAGGCAUGACCGAAAAACUUCAGCGGCAACUGAAGAACACGCCGAUGGAGCUUAGCAGUCUACCAUCUGCAGUACCCUUGCCAGUCUCUCGAUUUGAAGGCAUACUCAAUGGAUACUCGCGCCGCAUUGAUACGUCUUACCAGACACGCAUCGCAGAGCUAGAGAAAAGCCUCAGCAAUGUCAGGCUCGAUGCCACUCGUGACGUCUACUCAGCUUACUUCACUCGUGCGAUGCGACCUGUGUACGCAGAAGCCAGAACCAUCAUCUGGCAAAGGCAGCAAGGACGCAUACCACUCGCUACUGAAAUCUUCACUGGGAGAGAAAGAUGGAGAAAAGCCGUUCACUGCUGUCUACCUGGGCUUGAAGAAAGACCUGCGGUACGAAAUUACCUCUGCGGCUGGAGCGCUCAAGGACGACAUCGGAACCAUCCUCGGCGAUAUGGUAGAGACGUUCGAGGUCAUCUUUGCCAGAGAUGCACAAAACACUUGCGAAUAUCAUGCUCGCCAAGAGCUCAGACCAUUCCUGGUGAACGCGAUGCAGCAAGUCGAGCAUAUGGAGGCUGA